AUGGCGGUGCCUAAUCACCCCCUUAUCGCCGCGUGGACGUCCACCCCGAUCCCGGACCUGUCUCUCUCCGCGGGUGGUCUUCUCGCGCUCGCGGAUCUCAACACGAUUGCCCAGCGCACGGCGAUUGCAGGCGGAUCAUCGUGGCUCGACGCCUUUGUGCUCGCUCCUGGUCUGCACUACCAGCAGGCGGCGGACUUGCUGACGCCGGAAUAUGGAUCCGGGAAGCUGGUGCUGUCGACGCUGGAGGGCGGGGCUCGGAGGCUCGUCGUGAGCAACGUGGCCAUGGUCAAGUAUUUGCGGAGACUGUGGGAGAGAGAGGGAAAGUACGGGGUUGUGACGCUGUAUGUGAGGAUGGAGAAUGGGGUUGCGGGCGUUUCGUUUGCGUCGUCGCUGUCGCUUUUGCUGGGGGGGGAUGAUUCGAGGCGGAGGAGCCAGAGGCGGUGGCAGCGGGAUUUGAGGAGGCAGCUUGAGGCGGAGCAUAAGAGUCACGUAAGGGAGGUUUUUGAGAUGGACUGGGUGAGUCAUGCGCUGUAUCUGACGAGUCCGCUGCUCACGGUGGUGGCCAUCGUCUUCAUGGUGUUGCUGCAGGACUGGUGGGGGUUGGGCUUCCUGAUUGCGCUCAUGGUGUCGCGGCUGGCGAACAUCUGGGCCAUCAAAGAGCGAUCGCGGCCUGGAGCUACGCCGCCGCCGUUGCCUCCCUUGGACGAGAAGCCCAAGACGCCGUCGCCUCCUCCUGCUCCGCCAGGUUCUCCUCCGCAAGAAACAUCGCCAACGGCUGUUGGGGAGUCUAAGCAAUCCCUGGCGCUGCCUCUCUCAUUCAAGCGGCAAGACUCCAACAUGACGCAGUACACCAUCGACUGGGGCGACAACCGCCGCGUGAUCCUCAGGGGCGAGGACGCAGACCUGCGAGCCGUCACGACCGAGGCCUGGCUGCGCGCAAAGACGACCUGGGAGGGCUACCUCGAGGCCAUGUCCAAGCUCAUCGUCUACAUGGUGGCCUCGCUGAGCGGCAAUCUCUCCCAGGCGGGCGCCGUGGUCCUCAUGUCGCUGCUGCUCGUCAGCGCGGGCCUUCUCGGCCUGAGCAACGCGCAUGCGACCAGCAUGCAGAUGCACGGCCGGCGAGUCGGGCGGUUGAGGGUGGAAAGGGUCAAGAUUGCGCCGUUGGAUCCGGGCAUGGCCGUGUCUGGCCAGGCAGAUACCACGACGCCGGACGGAUUCCCUGUUCACAUUGUACCGGUGGUCGGCAACUGA